CGGUACUUUCAGUUCAACCUAGCCCCAAAUCUAGAACUCCAGGACCAGGAGCGACGUAGCCAUAAUCGUAGCUGAAGCUAAGCUCUCUUUCAUAAUCUCGAUCAUUGAAGGUUAGAUUAGCAUAGGGGAUCGAUCGAUAAGUCAGUGAAUCAAUCAUUGAUCAAUGGCGGAGCCGUUUUCCUUCCUAGACAGCUACAACAGGUUCCUAAAGCGCGAUAAGCCGCUUCCUUCCUGGACCGAAGCCGACGUCAACGAGUUCAUUUCCUCCGAUCCUGUUCAUGGCCCCGCGCUGAAGACUGCACGAGAAGUAGCACAAUUUGGUGUUGUUGGAAGCAUUGUUGGAGGUAUUACAACUGCUGGUUGGGCUUGGAAGUAUUCUAAGAGUCCACAUGGAACUGUACUGUCUCUCGGAUUUGGUGCCAUCUGCGGUUGGACAUUCGGACAUGAAAUUGGAAACCAUUGCUUGCAGCUUUACAGGUACAACACCGUGACUGCACAGGCUAAAUUCUUGGAGUGGUGGCAAAACAAGUCUUAAAAAGUCAGGUUGCUGUCAACUAAUAGUGGAACGCACUUUUGUAUGCUCAAUAAUAAGAAUCACUUCCGGUGUUUGGUUUUAGAAAUUCUGUGGCCACAGAAUUGGCAUGAAUUUCAGAUUUCGUUUGGAAUGCUAUUGUCUUUAUUUUUUGCUGCGUAAUGAAGGUUUACAGCUUCCAUUUCCCAAGGUUUA